GCCUGGGCCAUCUACAAAGGCAAGUACCACGAAGGGCUGGACAAGGCCGACCCGUCCGUCUGGAAGACGCGCCUGCGCUGCGCCCUGAACAAGAGCACCGACUUCAGGGAGGUGCCGGAGAAAAGCCACCUGGAGGUCUCCCAGCCCUACAAAGUCUACCAGGUCGUCUGCUCCGACGCGGCCCCGGACACAGAGAAGGAAAGUAGGAAGGAAUCUCCACUGCAGCCGAGCGGCCCCUUGGUGCCAGGGCGUGAAGCGGCCAUAGCCCAUCACACGUCAAACAAGGCCAAACCAUCUUCAGAGUCGGAUGAGAGGAGGAACGAUAACGCAGAGGGCCCUCACGUCUCCCAGAAGCUGAGCAGUGCAGACCUCCAGGGGUGCCAGGUGAAAGGCUUUUUCUAUACCUGGGAUCCAUCACAGGUCUACCAGCAUCCAAACUGGGGCUUCGUUAGUCCCAGGUCACAGUUUGUCCCGAGCAAAAGCGUCAACUCAGACUGCUGCCUUCGCAUCUGCCUGUACUACUGCGACGUGCUGGUGAAGGAGGUGACCACCAGCACAGCGGAGGGCUGCCGGAUCACCUCCCGGCCGGUGGUCGCAGAAAACAAGGACCUGUACGGUCCCAGCGGCAUGGAGGAAAUCCAGUUCCCCUCUCCGCACGUCCUGGGCAGCAAGAAGCAGGGGGCCCAGGCCACCCGGAUCUUGGAGAGGCUGCUCCUCCACUUGCAUCGUGGGGUGCUCCUUUGGGUAGCCCCGGAAGGGGUCUUCAUGAAGCGCCAGUGCCAAGGCAGGGUGUACUGGAAGGGGCCACUGGCGCCCCACAGGGACCAGCCCAACAAACUGGAGAGGGAGAAGACCUAUCGGCUCUUGGACACACAGCUCUUCCUCCAGCAGUUACGAGACUUUCUCAGCCACGGAGAGCCGCUGCCUCAGUACCAGAUCCAGCUCUGCUUUGGAGAAGAGUUUCCUCCUCUCCCCAGCCAGAAACUCCACAGGUUCAUCACCGCCCAGGUGGAACCGGUGUUUGCCCAUGAUCUCUGCUUUCAUGCCCAGCGGUCUCUCCAGGGCUCUCAGACUUGCAAUCCAGAGGCUCCCAGGAACAUCAUCCAGAUCCUGAAACAGCUGUGCUCCUCCUGACCUGCCCUUGGGCCAGGGACACCAAUGUCACUGUUCACCUGGAAGAGAAGACCUUGUUGCUCCUCCUGGUGUCUUGCUUUGCUCGCACUGACCAAGGGACCUCUCUCAGAUUUGGCCGCCUUCUCUCAGGGGUUCUUGGCUGGCUUGUGUGGAAAUCUUAUGUGAAUAGGAGGUCUGUUUGGCCUGGAUAUCCUACACACACACACACACACAUUUUAUUAAAAAUUUAAAAAACAAUAAGAAGUAAUAUAAACCAAAUUAGA